UCUUUUGCUUCAUUCAUAGCUGAUCUCACAGAGCUGCACCUGUGUUAGCAGAGCACGAGUUGAACAAUGGACGCUUUAUACGAUCUCCUUGGCUUUGAGUGGCUGGACACCAGGAGCGUCUUGAUAUUUUUCUUUGUGUUUCUGCUGCUGAGCAAUAUCUUAAAGAGCAGAAAACCAAAAAACUUUCCUCCAGGACCACGGGCUCUGCCGUUUAUUGGAGAUCUUCAUCGCAUCAACCCUGCCAGACUUCACCUGCAGUUAUCAGAGUUUGCAGAAAAAUAUGGCAACAUUUUCAGUCUCGAUAUCUUUGGAGGAAGGACGGUGAUCGUUAACGGGUACAAACACGUGAAAGAGGCGCUUGUUGAAAAAGGAGAGGACUUCAUGGAUCGCCCCACCAUUCCACUGUUUUCUGAAUUUUUCAAGAACAAAGGUCUUGUGAUGUCUAAUGGUAAUCCAUGGAAAGUACAGAGGAGGUUCGCUCUUCAUACUUUGAGGAACUUUGGUCUGGGAAAGAAGUCCAUGGAGCGAUACAUCCAGCAGGAGUGCCAAUAUCUCACUGAGGCGUUUGCUGAUCAGCAAGGCAAGACAUUUAAUACCCAGACGCUGAUCAACAACGCUGUGUCCAACAUCAUCUGCUGUUUGGUCUUCGGGAGUCGAUACGAAUACAGUGACAAGCAGUACCAGACUAUCCUCCUUGACUUUAAUGAGAUUAUGCGCUUACAAGGAAGUUUUCUCGUACAGAUUUACAACACAAUCCCCUCAGUAAUGAAAUGGCUGCCAGGACCUCAUCGACAAAUCUUAAGUCUCUUAGAGAAGAUCAUUAAGUUUAUAGAAAUUCGGAUCAAGGAACAUAGAGAGAACCUUGACCCGGCGUCUCCAAGAGACUACAUCGACUCCUUCCUCAUAGAGAUGGGAGGGAAAGAGGACAAAGAUUCUGGUUUUGAUCUCUUCAAUUUGAGCGCUUGCACUCUGGAUCUGUUCGGUGCUGGAACUGAAACUACAGCAACCACGUUGCACUGGGGGCUGCUCUUCAUGAUCUACUACCCUGAGAUUCAAGAGCGAGUCCAGGCUGAGAUAGACGCUGUGAUUGGUCCGUCCAGGCAGCCGUCUAUGGCUGACAGAGACAACAUGCCUUACACCAACGCUGUCAUCCAUGAGAUGCAGAGGAUGGGGAACAUCAUCCCAAUAAAUGUGGCCCGUACAGCGAACCAGGACACCAUAUUGGAUAAAUACACCAUCCCAAAGGACACCAUGAUUCUUACUAUGCUGGACUCAGUUUUACACGAUGAGUCCAUGUGGGAAACUCCGUACACCUUCAAUCCUCAGCACUUUCUGGAAGAAGACGGCAAAUUCAGGAAGAGAGACGCAUUUCUCCCCUUCUCUGCAGGUAAACGUGUGUGUCUCGGGGAGCAGCUGGCCAGGAUGGAGCUGUUCCUCUUCUUCACCUCCCUCCUCCAGAGGUUCACGUUUUCAUCUCCUCCAGGAGAGAAGCCCAGUCUGGAGUACAAACUGGGAGUGACCCAUUGCCCCAAACCUUACCGCCUCUGCGCAGUGCCACGUUAACCUGCUGCCUGAUGACAAAAAUUUACUCCGCUAAUAUUUCUCCUUUAUAAAUGUAAUCAUUAUAUUAAGAAGAUGAACCACUAUGAUGCAAUAAAUAUGAAAUAAUCAUGCAAAAUUUUCUGACUUUGAUAUUUGGCUGAUUGCUGCACUUCUAACAUCAUCAUCAUCAUCAUCAUCAUCAUCAUCAUCAUCAUCAUCAUCAUCACAUUUCAGAAACAAGGCAGUUCAAAGUGCUUUAAAUUUUAAGUGCCUUACAAAAACAAAAAAAUACUAAGUCUCAACCAUUGAAAACAUGCUCUUGUUUUAACAACCGCUGGUUCUGCAUUGCUCACUACCUCCACAAGAUGGCAGAAUAAUUUGGACAAAGGUAAAAGCGUCGAGAUCACUCACUACAAUCAACAAACAAGAUUCAAACAAGUCUUGUUUAAAUUUUCAGCCAUAUUAAACCAGAAAUAUUCUGAUGUUUCAAAGUAUUCUGAUGAGACUUGAUGUUUUAUCGGGUCUCAUAAUAAAUUCUCACCAAAAGUUUCA